AUGAAAGAUUGCAAUCCCAGUUGUACACCAGCAGAAACGGGGUUGAAGCUUACCAAAGAUUCCCAAGGAAAAAGGGUUGAUGAUACACUUUACAAGCAAAUGGUGGGAAGCUUAAUGUAUUUAAACGCAACGAGACCAGACAUAAUGCAUGCCGUAAGUCUCAUCAACAGAUUCAUGGAUUGUUUAAAGGAGAUGCAUCUCUUAGCUACAAAACGGAUAUUCAGAUAUUUGCAGGGAACAACUGAUUAUGGGAUCCUGUAUAAGAAAGGAGAAAAAUCAGAGUUAUUUGGCUUUACGGAUAGCGAUUGCGCUGGAGAUCUAGAUGAUAAAAAAAGCACAUCUGGUUACGUCUUCAUGAUGGGGUUAGGAGCAAUAUCAUGGUCAUUGAAGAAGCAAUCAAUCAUCACUUUAUCAACAACUGAAGCCGAAUUCGUGUGCUUGUCAAGCUGUUUGGUUGCGGGAGAUUCUUGUAGCACUUCACUUCAAACAAAAGGGAACUACAACCAUUUUUUGUGA